UGGGGGGCGAUGCCCGGCGACAGGGAGGACGAGAUCUGCCAGAAAGCGCUGCAGCUGCUGGCCGAGCUGUGCUCCGUCGGGGCGGUGGAGAACGAGAACUGCCGGGAUUUCAUCUACUACCUGCGGGACAGAGCCCGGCCCCGCCUCACCGACGCAGAUAUCUCAAUAAGCUUGCUCUCCUUAGUUGUCACAGCCUGUGGUCUUGCUCUGUUUGGGGUCUCUUUGUUUGUGUCCUGGAAGCUUUGCUGGAUCCCUUGGCGAGAGCGUGGGCUGCCGUUUGGGAACAAAGACAACAAACAAGAAUCACUGAACUAUACAGACACAGAGAUCAAUGACCAUGAGUACAGUGAGGAUUAUCUGGGCCAGCCUACAGCAUAUCCAGAGUCCUCCAUGAAGAUUAGCCACACUUCUCCUGAUAUUGCACUGGAUGCUCAGGCGGGAACAAAAGAGAAUUGUGUGCACAAUGUGCGAAUGCAUCGUCAGAUCACAGAACCAACCUCUUCUGCUCGGCAUAAUUCAAUCCGAAGACAGCUCAACCUCUCCAACCCUGACUUCAACAUCCAACAGGUUCAGAAACAGGAGCAACUGACAGGGAUUGGCCGCAUUAAGCCAGAGCUGUAUAAACAAAGAUCGGUGGACACAGAUGAUGGCCGGAGGAGUAAUAGCAAGGCAUGUGGAAAACUGAACUUUAUUCUGAAAUAUGAUUGUGAUUUAGAGCAGCUGAUAGUGAAGAUCCACAAGGCUAUCAACCUGCCUGCAAAGGACUUCUCUGGAACUUCAGAUCCAUAUGUGAAGAUAUAUCUGCUUCCUGACAGGAAAACAAAACACCAGACUAAAGUACACAGAAAGACCCUAAAUCCAGUAUUUGAUGAAGUUUUUUUAUUUACUGUCCCAUACAAUGACCUGAACACACGGAAACUCCAUUUCUCUGUAUAUGACUUUGACAGAUUCUCCAGGCAUGACUUGAUUGGCCAAGUGAUAGUGGAUAAUUUUUUAGAUUUAGCAGAUUUUCCCAGGGAAUGUAAUAUUUGGAAGGAUAUUGAAUAUGUCACCAAUGAUAACGUGGAUCUUGGUGACCUGAUGUUUUCACUCUGCUACCUUCCAACAGCUGGUAGACUAACUAUUACAAUAAUAAAAGCAAGAAAUUUAAAGGCAAUGGAUAUCACAGGAGCAUCAGAUCCCUAUGUGAAGGUUUCUUUAAUGUGUGAAGGAAGGCGACUAAAGAAAAGGAAAACAUCCACCAAGAGGAAUACCCUUAAUCCUGUUUACAAUGAAGCCAUAGUCUUUGAUGUCCCUCCAGAAAAUAUUGACCAAAUUAACUUGUCGAUAGCUGUUAUGGAUUAUGACCGUGUAGGUCACAAUGAGGUCAUUGGAGUGUGUCAAGUAGGCAACGAUGCAGAAAGUCUAGGUCGCGACCACUGGAAUGAAAUGCUUUCGUACCCUCGGAAACCCAUUGCUCACUGGCAUCCUCUUGCAGAGGAAUCAAGUGGGGGAGGGUGUCCAGCGCAUCCAAGCUGUGCAGAGAAAUAUAUACACAGCAUAUCAUUUUGGUUCCUGAAUCAGGAUUAGACUCAGCGAGAGCUUCUGGAACCUCUGUGGCCACAGUCAUAGGACGCUGAAUAUUUGCUGAAUAGGACCCUCAGUAUUCUACUGUGUGAAGAGCUAUUGGUUUCAAAUAGUGCGAUGUUAUUCACUUGUAGCAUUAAUUCAUCAGCUGACUGUACUGCUACCUAUAGAUCUUUGUGUGGUCAUAAGCAUUGCCCAGAUUCAAGUCAUAAGUUCUGUUCAUUAAACUAACCAAGAUUUUACAAGCAAUACAAUAGCAAUGAAAACCAACAAGUAGCUGAAACAGUAAAAAAUUUGGCUCUCAUCUUUGCAAAAAAGAUUCAGUAUUGUAACAGACAGCUUGGUAAAUGGAUUUUUUCAAGAAUGAUUGUCAUCGGACAUUUGUUUUUGAUGAUGGGUUGUGUCCUCAGUCUCAGCUGGUGCCUCCUUUCAUCUUACAUGAAAACAUGGUUCCAUGUAGAAAUCCUUCAAAACUGGAAAAGUGAAAAGCUAUAUUCUGUGGGUGAGAACAAGAUACAUAUGGCAUUUGUAAUGACAGUAUGUUUUUUUAGAAAGACGAUAACCAUCUGUAUAACAUAGACGUUGUUAGUCCUCAAUCAAAAUGUAGAUAAUUUUCCAGUGACAUUUCUUAGUUGUAUCCAGGAGACUGCAAAAAGUUGAAAACAUAUCACAGGUAGCUAUGCUCCAUCAUGCACGUAAGUGUGCACAGGCACAAACUGUCAUUUUAAAAUGCUGUUCCAAAUACAUGAUGCCUGUGAGGAUCUUAUUUAUUAUUUAUAGUAGAACUAAUACGGCCAUCUUACAUGACAAUAUAUUGUAACUGUUGGCAAACUCUGACCGUGAAACAAAUAUAUCAAAGCACUAAACUCUUUCACAUGAAAAAAUCUAUGUCCUGGAACAAGAGCUGCUAGAAUAAUUUUUGAUUGUUAUUUAGCCACGCGUGGAGUUAACUUGCCUUCAAACUUCUGCAGGGAGAAUUUGAUUCAAGUUUUUUACAUUGUGAUCUUUAAUAGCUAAAUGCACAUGCAAAGUAUGUGUAGUUCAUACAAGUUAUUUUGCCUGAAAUAAAUUUACAGGUAUGGAACCCUUGUCUUUAUAACACACACACGCACGUGCAUGCGCACACACACGCGCACACACACACACACACACACACACACACACCCUUCCUUCAUGUUGUUAUGAAUGCUCACCAAGCAUUUUGGAUUUACAAUUGAGCUGACACAAACAUGCAAACACAGACUGGAGAAAACACUUGAAAAUUUGAUCCAAAAUCUGAGAAAAAAAUAGUUUUAAUCAGUUGAGGAUCUCCCAGAAAAUCAGAGCUGCUAAUGGGUGAAGCACAGCUUGACUUUUAGAGAGUGUUGGAUCUGUUGUAAAUGUGUACUGGAGCUAUAAAGAAUAGGUCCUGUAAAUCCAAUGUUUUCCCAAAACCUCAAGCUAUGCAGCCAUAGCAUAUAGCACAUAUUGUGAAGAAUCCAGGAUUUCCAGACUCAGCAGCUGUCUGGAACAGUCUGAAAUUACCAUGCAUAAUAAUGCUUCGAAGCCUGCCCAAGCAAAAUUUCCAGAAAGAAAAUUGGGCAUGUCCAGAAAAUAAACAAAAAUACAGAUAUAAACUGUAUAAAUAAAAAAUAUUUAUACAGUAAUAUUUAUAUACAAAUAUAAAACUAUUUCUCUAGAUUUUCAACUGAAGCUGAUAGAUUGCUUUGUAUCAGCAGGCCAAUAGUACAGUACAGUGCUCAUAUCUGUUCAUGCAUGAACCUCACUUCAGGCAAAUCGAGCACUCUACUCGGACACAAUUCUCGGGAGUCGACGUGUGGAGGUAUGCAUAAGCAAAGAGCGUAAAUUUUCUCUUUUGGAGUAGAAUUCUUUGAUUCCCUGGACAAAUCACGAUACACUCAUCCCUGCUUGGAAUGCAAAGCAGGCAGCUGCAUGCUUUCCCACUGAAAAUGCUAUUUCUAGGGCAAUGUUAGGAGUAUAGCUUCUGUAAAAAAGGAAAACCCCUAUGCAGCAGGCUCAUUUCCUCUCCAUAGAUGAACACAGAAGCCUUUCUAAGAUUUGUCCCUAACAACUCAAAGGGGCAUGAACAAAAAAAGUAAUAUCAUUAUAAAUGCUAGUGUUUUUGAUUUUAUUACCAUCUUCAAUUUAUUUAAUGCUCAAGGCGCUGGCAGCAUGAGAAUGAUUCUGAAUCCACUUCUAUUAAAAAGAAGAAAUCUGUGUUCAAGGAGCGUUUAAGGUGGAAGCCAGUGUACCUCAAAGGCUUAUGGACUAGGAAGAAACCUUAAUUUUUACUAAAUUCUCAAACUACUUGCUUUCUAGUUCACAAUUUGCAAACCAUUACUCAGGCUGUGGCACUACAAUAUGCUUUUUAAAAUAUUUGCCUUAUAAUAGCAGCACAUGUGGGAUGAUAGUUAUUUUCUAUAUUGGCAUAUUUCAUUCUUCAUCUUUAUGAUCCACUUAACCAGUGCUAUAUUUGCUAACAAAUGUACAUGUUGGGGUUCUGGUGAGCCAAUACAUUGCUACUGUCUUUGCAUUUUAGUGCAAUAAUGCAGCAGCACAUUGGAAGAAACAGAGGAUCUAUUGCUACAAAAGCAACUGGAGACAGAGAAAUAAUCAUGACCCCAACCAUGUCCACUCUCUCUUUUCUGAACUACGUUUCCCAGACAUGAUUUAGUAGUAGAGCUCAUAAAAAUAAUUCCAAAUCCCCUGCCCUUACUUGUUUUCUUAUUUCCUGUGAAUGUACAGUUAUACUGCAUGACUACUACAGCAAUUCUGAAAUAGAAAAGGAAAUCCCUUAGAAAUGCAUCUAGCAAAAUUUUAAUCCUGUUUCUCUCACUAAAUAUGUGCUGUUAAACUCUUACUUGUAGUUUUCCAGAACAAACCACCACUUCAGAUGUUCUUUUAUGAAAAAGCAAUGAGUGUUAAUGAGAACGUCUUCCAAGGUACUGACUGACUCAGGCAGAUUAUAAUGGGCAGUUCUGUGAAAUUCUUAUGCUAAAAUACUCACAGCACCACCCUUCUGCAACUGAGUAUGGAAAUAUUUCUUCAUCCAUUUUCACUGAAAACACAAAAUGUUUCUGUUUUGUUUUGUUUCAUUUUUCCCUGCACGUAAUCCUAGCAGUGGAUCAUGCACCUCAGUCUGGGCAGAACAGAAACCAGGCAUAUAUUAAAAAAGACUCACAGCUCAGACUGAUCCUACCAGUCAGUGCGCAGUUCAGCAUUCUACCCCAGCUGAUUCAUAAAACAGAAAAAGCAGUAAUUACAAAAAAAGGUAUUAAACAGUGGUCCAAUUUAACUACCACUAACAGAACUGAAUAGCAUACAGCUAAACUGAGCCAGAGCUGAUUCAGUCCUGGAUGAAACAAGAGAAAAGGACAAAAUAAAAAGUACAAGACUAUUUUAGUCCACUCUUCUGGGCUUGAGGGGAGAGCUAAUAAAGGGCAGUUAUUCUUCAGCAAAUUCAGAAACCCUUUUUUACACCAAGCAUUACAUGUAGUUAUAUCAACACUGAAGACCUAAAGCAAGAGGUACAAGAGACACAUUUACCCUUUUAUCACUUGGCAACAUUAGAGCACUGAGGGGACCUAUUUGCCAUAAAAACAAAAUAGCUGCAAACUCUCUUUUGGCUUAAAAGUAGCAAACAAUAAAGGGGAAAGGAUUGGAAACUGUCUGGAAAGUCUGUCUGACCCAGUUAGAAAUCUAUCUGAAAUUAUAUUACUGUUAAUGCUUUAUAUAUUCAUUUGAACAGAAAGAAAUGAAAAACAUACAAUAGGUGACCAAGUCUGAAAAUGCCAUCAAUUAAAGGUUUCUUCUGUUUAGAAUAACGUAUUGUCAAAUGAUUACAGCCCAUUAUCAAGCAAGAAAAACAAUAACAAAAAUGAUAACUUUUUUUUUUUUUUAAUCUAGGAGGCAAAAAGUAUAUAGGAAAAAUUAGGAAAAAUAAUCUACAAUACUGUGGGAUUUAAUAAAAGCACUCUGCAAUGGGGAAAACGGCAGCAAAACAGAAUUUGUAAAAAGUAUUUUUUUAAAAUGCUAACUUCACCUUGAUUCUUGCUGUAAUUAGUGAAAGGCCUUGCUUACACCUAUAAUUCUGCUCUGAAGUGACAGCCUAAGAACAUAGGAACCAAGCUGUGCAAGGUGUGAACAAUCUCGUAAUGGCACUGCACAUUCCAGGCUGAGUAGUUUCAAGAGCUUCAUUAAAAGUUAAUUGCCAAAAUUGUGGGUUGGGCAAAGAACUACAGCUGCAAGUACUCUAGGGUCCUGCAGCUCUCUGAAAGGACCUCCAUCUCCUUCAAGGUCCAUGAAAUGCACUAAUCCAGGUGGCAGUGAUGAGACACUACUCAGGAAAGGUAUCAUCAGGAUAUACCUCAACUAAUGACUGAACACAACACACCUGGCACGGAGGGGAAGAUGACAAGAGAACUUGUAAGCAUCUGGGUUGUUUGUUUGUUUGUUUUGUCUGGCUUUUUUAGUUCUUCCUUCCAUUGCUGAAAUGUAGCCUUGUAAAUCUGCAAUGUUUUAUUUAGUUGCAUGCAGGCCAGCUGUCAUUUUUAAUAUCCAUUGCAAAGUUGCGUGAACAAAGCUGUGUUGUUUUGGUAUACUUUUUUUAUAUCACAUGAACAUUGUACUAUGCUUUAUUCUUUCUUGUUCAAUAAAUAGUCCUCAUA